AAAGCACGCGUCACAGACACCUGUUCUAUCCACAGUCACUGGUACAAUCCGACAUUAUGACGACAUAAUAAGACAAUCCAAUCCAAAGUAUAAGAACGAUGCUCUCUGCUGGACUCAGCUCACUUUGCCUUUGAGUUUACUGAGAGAGCAAGAGAUCACUGAGAGAGCAAGAGAUCACUGAGAGAGCAAGAGAUCACUGAGAGGACAAGAGGUUACUUUUUGACUCGAUAAAACUGCACUAACAAGCGAUUAACCACUACCACAAUGUCUUUUAAAAACACUAAGAAACAGAGCCAAACUCUACCAUUAUUCCUGGACACAACCCAUUGGUAUGGGAUCACUCCUCCUAUAAGUGAAGAUAUGCCAGAGGAAGCUGACCUGAUCCAGACCAGAAAGAUGGUUGAAGAGCUGAAAUCAUGCAGUGUAUUUGAGAUAGGCACAGAAAAGCAGCACAGAGAAAAUGUUGUCAAGAGUCUGGAGUCUCUCUAUAAGAAGUGGCUCACAGACACCUGUGAACGUAUGAAUUUACCUGAAGUGGUGACAGCAAAGGUUGGAGGCAAAAUCUUCCCAUUUGGAUCCUAUCAUCUGGGAGCUGACUCAAAAGGUGCUGAUAUUGACAUCCUGUGUGUCGGACCUGGAUUCCUGGAGAGGAAGGACUUCUUCAGGUCCUUUUCUGAGAAGCUGAAAGCUCAAAAAGAGGUCAAAGGCUUAAUGGUCAUUGAAGAUGCGUUCGUCCCAGUCAUCAAAUUCUCUUAUGAUGGGAUUGAGAUUGAUCUGGUUUUUGCUCUAGUAGCACAGAAAAGCAUCAGUGUAAGUAUUAACCUCAUGGAUGACAAAAUUCUGACGGGCAUGGAUAAACAAAGUGUCAGGAGUCUCAAUGGUUUUAGAGUCACAGAGGAGAUCCUCAGAAGUGUGCCAAAUGUUUUUAACUUCCGGCUGACACUGAGAGCCAUCAAGCUUUGGGCCAAACGACGUGGUAUAUACUCCAACAUGAUGGGGUUCCUGGGUGGUGUCUCAUGGGCCAUGAUGGUUGCCAGAGUCUGCCAGUUAUACCCAAAUGCCACAGCAUCCACCCUGGUGAACAAAUUUUUCAAGAUGUACGAAAUGUGGGAGUGGCCAAUCCCAAUUGUUUUGAAGAAAACGGUGGACUGCGGUCUCAAGUUCCCUGUUUGGAAUCCCUGGACUAAUCUAGUCGACCGCUCACACCUGAUGCCUGUGAUCACCCCUGCAUACCCACAGCAGAACUCUACCUGCAAUGUGUCUCGCUCCUCCUUAGCUGUUAUAACAGAGGAGAUCAAGAGAGGAUAUGAAAUCACUGAACAUAUCCGGCAGAAACAAGAAAGCUGGUCCAAACUAUUUGAAGCUUCAGACUUUUUGGAGCAGUACAAGCAUUACAUUAAGGUGGAACUAACUUCAACAACAAAAGAGCAGCAUCGAGACGGGGUAUGCCUGUUUGAGUCUAAAAUCAGACACCUGGUAGGAACUCUGGAGAGAAACCCGCUUAUUUCCCGGGCCCAUGUUAACCUGCAGUCCUACCCUGGACCACAAGAUAGUUAUGGAAAAAGCAACACAGUUUGGCUGAUCGGACUUGUCUUCAAUAUGGAUCAUUUUAAAUACCAAAGAGUCGAUCUGUUCACUGAGCUCCAGCCCCUCUUAAAUCAUGUCAGGGGCCUGGAACGUGGUUACAAGAUGUCCGAUGAGGGGGCGACCUUAACAGCCAAAUAUAUACAGAGGGAAAACCACACCUGGAAGCUACCUAAUAGAAGCCAAAUGGUGUCAUAUCCAGUCAGGCUCACACACCGCCAAAUUUCGAAUGCAGCACCUCUGAUACACCCGGCCAUAAAAAGAAAAGAUUUAACUCAAUCUUUGAUGCCAGCGAAAAGGAUAAGAGCUGACAAGGAAUUGCAUUCCAUGACAAGCAGCUCAGGUGCUUCACCAUCCCUGACACAGCAGGGCAUCAAGAGACCUCUCUGUCCUCAACCAUCAACAUCAUGCAAAAAGUUCAGAGCUGAUAUGGAGACAACUCAAGACCCUAGCACUUCUCAAAGCACCAAGAGACCUCUCUGUCCUCAACCAUCAACGUCAUGCGAAAAGUUCAGAGCUGAUAUGGAGACAACUCAAGACCCUAGCACUUCUCAAAGCACCAAGAGACCUCUCUGUCCUCAACCAUCAACGACAUGCAAAAAGUUCAGAGCUGAUAUGGAGACAACUCAAGACCCUAGCACUUCUCAAAGCACCAAGAGACCUCGCGCUACUGAGCCUGAGACACCAAACAAAAAACCCAGAGAUAACCUGACUGGGCCCGAAAAAGAGCUGUCAGACCUGCCACUAAGCCUUUCCAAGCCUGCUAUGACUCCAAAGUUCCCCAUCAGAUUGAAACUGUUCCGUGAUAACUUCUGAUGGAGCUCCUGAUCAGGAGGGGAAAUCUUCACCCUCUUAUGUCUUGUCUGUUUGUGAUUGCAUAAAUAAAAACGUAAAUGUUGCAAAUA